UCAGUCCCACUGAGAACGGUUGUGCCGAAAUCUGACUCAGUUUGACUCUGCUUUUCUUGAGUCUCGAUCAAGGCAGGAUGGAAUCUUUCCAGCUGGCUUUAGCCCUAGUGAUCUUGAGUUUCUGGUGUGCGACCGCAAGCCCCACCCCAAAUGGAACGGUACCACCUUUAUCCACUUAACCAACAUGGCCUCCGACGCCCAGAAACUCCAAGGCUCUGGUUGGCCAAAACAAAGUUGACAGACAAGGCUGCAGAUCCUGCCUCAUGCACAUCGAUAACCUGCUCCGAUUUUAGACUGUCGAACUUCCCUUAUUCGUACAUGAGAAUCACUGGACAAGGACUCAGCAAAACGUAUUCCGGAGUGAAGCCUCCUUUCACUGAAGUAAGUGGAAACAACCGGAUGAAAGUGUUUUUCCACUCGAGGAGAAAAAGUAAAUACGCCUUCUCCUGCAUAGUUGCUGCUCUAGGAUGUGGCAGACGAAAUCCUGUGAGUAGGAUAAUUAGAGGAAAGCCCACAACAUUGCACGAAUAUCCUUGGCAAGUUGCACUGGCAACACCUACGGAUACGGAGCCAUGCUGCGGUGGAUCUAUCAUCUCAGACCAGUGGAUCCUGACAGCAGCUCAUUGUUUCGUUAUAUGUUUCCCUGGAACAGACCCAACAGGUGUCACUGUCGUGAUUGGAGAGCACAACUGGACCACAACAACGGAAACAAGCGUAACACAGGAAAUCAGUAUCACAAAUCAUCCCACAUGAAGAUUUCAACCGUAAUAGUAUUUUGGACAGCGACAUUGCAUUGAUCAAACUCGAGAGUCCAAUUGCUUUCCCAGCUGACAACAAGAUCGCUCCUGUGUGUCUUCCAGAUGCUGGCAAUUUGUACGAGAAUGUAACUGCUACUCUUACAGGCUGGGGAGAUUUAUCUCCAGGUGGUAACCAACCCGCUGAUCUGUAUGAGGUGGUUGUGCCAACGAUGAACAACUCGCUUUGCCAAAAGUCUUUUUCGAUUCCCAUCACAGCUAAUAUGCUCUGUGCUGGAUUGGUUAAAGGAGGAAAAGGAGCUUGUCAUUGAUUCAGGAGGACCGCUAGUGACAUAUUUCAAUACGACUCGGUACAUGGUCCAGAUAGGAGUCAUCUCCUUUGGAAAUGAAACCUGUGACCCUCCUACCGCGACUGCCCGAGUUUGCAAAUUUCUACAGUGGAUUGCCGACAAGACAGCAGGUUCUUCAUACCUCCCCUGGCCAUGAAAAUUACUAUAUCUACCUAUAGGCUACUUGCUAAGUGGAGCAAUCAAAGCUGACGUCAUUGGAAUUUCUCUUCAUGAUUGGAUAUUAUCACUUAUUUGCAUUUGGAAUUUGCUAUGGCAUAAAAUAAAUCUUUUAAAUUAUUAAAGCAUAAUAAAAAUUUGGACUUCCAAACACAUUGGUCAUUUAGCUAUUUUCCCAUCCCUCAAUUUUUAAGUUUAUUCCAUUUUACAUAGCUUGUGAAACAUAUUACAUCUUAACCUGGAA